GUGCGCAGGCUGAUGGCGUGUACUGAUAGCAACUGGACCUUGUGCUCAAUCCCUGUGCGUUGUGAUAGGAUAACGCACGGACAUCGAGGCUUGAACGUGGAGUAAUAUGAUAACAUGAUCAACCGGCAAGAGUUUCUUGGAAUCGCGCGCCAGUGCAGCGACAUCGUCAAAGCCGGUCCUGAUCAUGGUGAACAACAACAGAUAACGUUCAACAUACAGCACUGUCGUGGAGACAAUGGAUAAAUAGUUUGCACUCAGAGCUCAGUCAAAGCAAGCCCCAAACCACUUUCAAGAUGUCUUCCAACCCAACUGAAUCGCACCAGAGCAAGGCAGAGAUGCAGCGCCUAUACAGAGAGAAGGAGGGGGAGGGAUUCACGGAGCUCCAGAUGGCAAUCCGUGAAGUGACGAGGGGGAAUGUUGAUCUUGUAAAGCGUCAUGAAACACUGACGAAAGGCAUGUCAAACCAUUCUGUUGAUGUCCAAUCACCUAACCCACACUCAUCAGCGGCACAGAAGAUUAGAGAACUUCAUCGUCAGAAUGAUGAGUUGCGCAGACAGCUGAACAUGAUAGCUGAUUCGUCGCGGGGACCGCCAGGUACAUUAUCUGACUGUUUGACUUAUUCUAAUGCUAAACAACACACAGGUGGCCAGGCGCUCGGGGCUUGGCCGGGGGGAGCUACCGCUGACCCCUAUGCCCCUGAUUUUGGCCUCAGUGUUUGGAGGAAUGAUCUCAGCACUCAGUAUUCCGCUCAAUAUUACCCUGACAAUGCUGCGCUAUCAGACAGGAACUUGCCGCAAGGGUACACCGGGCAAGGCAGGGGCAUGUAAUCGACUGACUGCAAGAAUGUCGCGCAGCGGGAGCGAGUUGAUGUAGCAAUAUAUGUCCCAUUCU